AUGUUGGCGGCAACACCACGAGAGCAACGGUGCUUCCUCCCAAUGAUGAAGCCCUCUGGUAUGCAGGGUAUUCUCUUGUUAAUCUCGAUACUGAUCCUCAUCAGUGCCAACACGAGUACGGCCUUUGUGCCGUUUCUACAACAAUCCAACCGCAACAGCAGCUCUUCGUUGGGUUUCUUUGGCCGCUUUCGUCGAAAUAAUAAUAACCAACGACACUUCGACGACAAUUUUGAUUAUUCCACCAUUUCCACCGAGCUACCGCCUCAUCUCACAUCGAUUCCCGCCAUUCAAGAAUUGGAAGACGUGUUUGACGACGACACGAAUAAUUAUGUCUGCCAACACGGCUGGAUGGAUUCGGUGGAAAAAGACGGUGCCAGAUUGCAUUAUCGACGCUUUCUACCCAAAGAGGACGGAACUGAACCGAGGGGUAUCAUUGUGUGGAUGCACGGGAUUCAAGGAUUUGGUGGUGGUGCUCAUAUUGUGGAUCAUGGCAAUACUACCGUCACGAAGACCAACAUGGCGUUCAUUGCCGACCGUUUUGUGGGUGAAAAGAACUAUGCCGUGUAUUCCUUGGAUCUCUACGGACAUGGGUAUUCCGAGGGACGACGGCAUUUCGUCACGUCAUGGCAAAACAAUCUGCAAGAUUAUACCAAUUUUCUAAAACAUGUCGCCUCGCUGCACGACAAUGAGGAUGAUGCCACUGAUGUACCACUGUUUUGUGCGGGAGAAUCCUACGGUGGAUGUCUGACGUUGCACUUGGCGGCACAACAAGAAGAGAAAGAGGCUCUUCCGCCACAACUCGACAGCAUCUUAUUGUUGGCUCCGGCCGUUAUUGCGGCAGAUCUACCACCCGCUCCCGUCACGUUUAUUUUAAAACAAAUUCUGGCUCGAUUGGCGCCCCGUUGGCAACCCUUUUUCAUGCCCCAUCCCGUGUCACCGGAAAAUGUAUGGCGCGAUGAAACCCUCCGACAACGCAACCUCGAUCGAACGCCCGAACCGUACAUUGGCGGAUCCGGGACGCAGUUUCGAUUGGGAACCGCCGUGCAACUAUUGGAUGCACUGGAUGCGUGCCGCGACACGGCCAUUCCGGCGUUGAAAACGACACCCUUUUGUGUCGUGCACGGAGACAAUGACCGGGCUGUUCCCAUUGAUGGGACCAAUUAUCUGGACGAGCAUGCUCCCGUAAAAGAGCGGGCGGUGCGUCGAGAACCAGGAGCCUAUCAUGACUUGUUGGCGGAUCCUGCCAAAGAUAAUGUGGUGGAAUUUUUGCUCGAAUGGACCGAAGGACGCAUUGCAAAACGUGCAGCAAGAGUCAGCAGCAACUAG